ACAUCUCUCUUCUGCUCCUCAAAAAUCAAACCUGUUCAUAACUACCUCCUAUAAGAUUCGCUUAGCUAAUCUUCUUUUUCGAUCAACUGUAAAACUUGUUUGGAUUCUCAGAUUUCAGAUUUCUGGGUCUUGUCUCUUUUGUGGAUUUCUCAUCUGUGUCUCUCUUCAAUUUCUUCUUCUGAAAUUAUUAUGGAUCAAGAUAUUGAUGUUCCUCCGUUCUUCAUCUGCCCAAUCUCGCUGGAGAUCAUGAAGGAUCCAGUGACGAUUCCGACGGGGAUAACGUACGACCGAGAGAGCAUCGAGAAAUGGUUGUUUUCCGGCAAGAAAACGACGUCGUGUCCGGUGACGAAACAAAUCCUCCACGAUAAAUUUGACCUAACACCAAACCACACUCUCCGUCGGCUGAUCCAGUCAUGGUGCACGCUCAACGCCGCGCACGGCAUCGAAAGGAUUCCCACGCCCAAGCCCCCGAUCAACAAAGCUCAGAUCGCCAAGCUCAUCGCCGGCGCCAAGUCGCAGACACAGCAGAUAAAGUGUCUGAGAAAGCUACGUGAAAUUGCUGCUGAGAAUGUCACCAACAAACGUUGCAUUGAAUCUGCCGGAGCUGUUGAUUUCCUCGCCUCACUCGUGAGUUCUUAUGAAGAAUCUGUAGAUGAUCAUGAUCAUGACGAGUUUGAAUCAGCCCGUGUGAUCGACGAGGCCCUGAGUUUACUCUACAAUCUCCAAAUCUCCGAGUCAGAACUCAAGAGUUCGUUAGGGAAGGACGAUAAGUUCACAGCGUCUUUAACUCGAAUCAUGCAACGAGGAAGCUAUGAAUCCCGGGCUUACUCAGUGCUAUUAUUGAAAUCAAUCCUCGAACUCGCCGACCCGCUUCAGCUCAUCACGUUAAAACCCGAAAUCUUCAUCGAAACAGUCCAAGUUUUAAACGAUCAGAUCUCGCCCCAGGCCACAAAGGCCACACUGCAACUUUUAAUUAACAUCUGUCCAUGGGGACGAAACAGGAUCAAGGCAGUGGAAGCUGGAGCAGUACCAGUCUUGAUCGAGCUCCUUCUCGACUCACCUGAGCGAAGACCUUGCGAGAUGAUACUCAUGGUGUUAGAUAUCUUAUGCGGGUGUGCAGAAGGAAGAGCGGAGUUUCUAAAACACGGCGCGGCUCUCGCCAUUGUAGCAAAGAAAAUACUGAGAGUCUCGCAGGUGGCGAGCGAGCGGGCACUGAAGAUUUUACUUUCGAUUUCAAAGUUGUGCGCGACGCCGGCGGUGCUCCAAGAGAUGUUGCAGCUGGGGGUGGUGGCGAAGCUGUGCUUGAUGGUGCAAGUGGAUUGUGGAAUUAAGGCGAAGGAAAGAGCUAGAGACAUGCUUAAGUUGCAUGCUCGGACAUGGAAGAAUUCUCCAUGUUUACCACCCAAUAUGGUUUUGUCCUAUCCAGCUUAAUGAAGAUGGAGAAGAUGAUCUGAUCGAGUUAACCUUUUUGUUUGAUUUUUGGUGGUAAAUCAAAUAUCUUUUUCAACUGUUUGUGUAUAUAAUUAGAUUCUUCUAGAGAUAUUGUUGCAAAGACAAAAGUUUGAGUUACAUAGGAGUAUACAAAUAUUGCAUAGGUUGGGGAAAAUCCACCAAUCAUCAUCUUUCUUUUUAGGAAAAUCGAGAAUUUAACAAUUCAAUACGAUAAAAAUUUUAUCCAUCUAUCAGAAAUGGAAU